CUGCGACGCGCAGGCGCUGUUUUUUGUUUCUGUUAGCUUCGUUAUUUAGUGACACUGAAAUUUCAUAUAAACUGCGAUUUACCGGUGACAGUCACGUUGUCUGUCCACCAUGAGUGGAGGUUUAGCACCGAGCAAAAGCACAGUGUAUGUGUCGAAUCUGCCGUUCUCUCUGACCAACAACGACCUACACAAGUUGUUCACAAAGUAUGGAAAAGUCGUAAAGGUCACAAUAGUUAAGGAUAAAUUCACCCUACAGAGCAAAGGAGUGGCGUUUGUUCUCUUCCUGGACAGAGAAUCGGCUCAUAAUUGUGCAAGAGCAGUGAACAACAAACAGUUGUUUGGCAGAACGGUUAAAGCCAGCAUUGCUAUAGACAACGGGCGAGCAACUGAAUUUAUAAGGAGAAGGAACUACACGGACAAGACCAAAUGUUAUGAAUGCGGGGAAACAGGACAUCUGAGCUACGCAUGUCCCAAAAACCUGCUUGGAGAGAGGGAACCGCCAAAGAAGAAAGAAAAGAAGAAGAAGAAAAAGGCCCAACAACCAGAAAUUGUUGAAGAAGAUGAAGAAAGUGAAGAGGAAGGAGAAGACCCAGCCUUGGAUAGCUUAAGCCAAGCCAUAGCUUUUCAGCAAGCCCAUAUUGAGGAAGAGGAGACAAAGAAGAAAAGGCAAGCAGAAGAAGACAAUGCCCACGCAUCGACAUCUUCAGACUCUAAGAAACCGAGGAUCAAAAAGAGCGCAUACUUCAGUGACGAGGAGGAGCUCAGUGACUAAUACACACAGACUUUUAAAAAACUGCAUAUAUAUUUAUCAAAUUAUUUACCAGUAAAGUCAAUUUUUUGUUCCUCAGAUAUGAUUGUUUUUAUUUUCUUAAUAAAGUAGCUUUGUAUACAUAUGUGUGUUUAUUGUAAAUAUAUCCUGGAGCAGGUGCUAAAUAAAAGUUUCGUUUAAAAUCA